AUGGUCAACUCGCUCGCCCUCGUCCUCGCCUCUCUCGCCCUCGGCCUCGUGUCGACCGUGACGGCAGCUCCCGUCGUCGCUCAAGAGCACCCCGACGCCGACCUCGCCAAGCGCUCGCCCGACCUGCUCUGGGGCCUCGACGACCUCGACUACGGCUACUACGGCUGGCGCGGCGGGUGGAAGAGGGACCUCGACGGCCACCCGAACGCCGAGGGCCUCGUCAAGCGCGACUCGUUCCCGGUCGAGGAGCGUGACGUGCACCCGGCCGAGCUCGAGAAGCGCCAGUUCGGUGGCUACGGCGGCGGCUACGGCGGCUACGGAUACGGCCGCUCGAGCUACAGCUCGGGCUACUACGGCGCGGUCGGCGGCGGCUACUCGAGCGGCUACUCGUCGCGCGGCGGCGGCGGCCGUCUCGUCGGCGGCGGCUUCUACAAGCGCGACCUCGACCAGGCGACGACCGACGACCUCGUCAAGCGCUCCGACUCGCCCGACCUCGAGGCGCGCGCCGUCGAGCCUGUCGAGGCCGCAGCCGAGCCCGCCAACGCCGCCGUCGCCGAGCCGGUCGAUGCUGCCGCUCAGCCUGCCGAGGCCUACCCCUACUACGGCUACCGCCCGUGGCGUUACCGCCCGUACCGCCCGUACCGCCCCUACCGCUACGGCUGGUAGACGAGCCAGCUCUCGCGCGCCAUCUUCUCCCGACCACCUCUCUCCCACUCUCUUUCUCUCCCCCUCGUCGUGUAGCUUGACCUUUCGACCGCGGACUGUCGCCCUCGUCGUUCCCCUCCUUCCCUCCUUUUGUGCUCUCCCUUCCCUCGUGCGGUAGCCCCCUCUCGCGCGCUGCAACAGACGUUCGCUUUGCCCG